UUUCAGAUUAAUGUCCCAAAAUUAGAGGGUUUUUCUGUCGCUGGAAAAGUUAGGUUCUUGUUCUCCAAACAGUGACGCUCUCGACCACUAUGGACCCUUCCGUCGCCAACAAUCCUGAAUUGAUUCGGCUCAUUAAUCAAGAAAAGGAAAGGGUGAUGGCGAACGCGAUGGUGUCGAAGCUGACAAGCGUGUGCUGGGAUAAAUGCGUAACAAGCUCACCGGGAAGUAAGUUCAGCCCAAGUGAGCACUCUUGCCUCACACAUUGUGCCAAGCGUUACGCCGAUAUGAGUACGCUCAUCCUCAAAAGCUUUCAGUCCAAACGCUGACUUGCUCCUUUUCUCGAAUUGAUUAUCUGCGAGAGAUUAGAUUUAACUAUUUUGGAUUGGGUUUGUUGAGGUUGUAGUGCUGACGAAAACAGUGGUUGUAUCUAUGUUACUGAGGUUUGAAGAUACUUUUGCUACAUUUUACAGAUAUUAAGGUUACUUGAUUCUUCAAACUUCUCAGCUAUAUAUGAUGAUGGCAGCUUCGAUUUCA